AUGGCUUCCCGUGGUGGACCGAUGGUCUUGGGGACAGAUGGAACCGAUUUCGAGCACAGACAGCGCGUGGCCGCACACUACCAAAUCAGCGCCCUCAACAAAUCACGAUUAAAGUACUGCAUUUUCUUCCACUAUCUACUGUUCUUCGUAAUGCUGAUCAAACUGUCCGCCGACAUCCUGGACCGGCUCGAUAUUUUCAUACUGGAAAUCGAAGAGCUGCAGAUACCGACCCCACUGUGGUGGGAAUACUUCUGGUGUCUGUCCGUCUUUCUGUCCUUCAUUGGGUUGGCCGCCGCACGUGGUAACCGUGUGAACGAUAUGAAAAAGUAUAUGGUUGGUAUAAGCACGAUCGCGUUCGUGCCGCUCCUUUACUGUAUCUUCUACUAUCUGAACGAUGUGCUCGAGUAUCUCAGUCUGGAGGAAGGUACCGAUCUAGAUGAUACUGAAAUUUUCGUCUGGCAGGGCUAUCCGUACGGUUUGCUGUGGUACGGUUUCGUGCUAAUGGCGUUCCAGGUGCACUUUUUCUCACUGUUCUUCGCCUGGAACCUGAUCAAAGCCUGGAGAGCACGUGGCGCACUCAAGAAGGGCCAAUAAAGGAAUCA